GCGGUAUGGCCUAACUACCGACGGGAUGCAGCCGUUUCGGUGCGGGAAACUAGGGCAAAAUGGAGUAGAGCGUAUUUCCGUAGCAAUCAAAAGACACAGAGUCGAUCAUCAAGUUCAAUUAUCCUAACAAGUUAAUAUGCCUAUGAAUCAGGAUGUUGAUGGACAACCGGCAGAUUCACUGCAAAGCGACGAGGAUGGCGGCUCACAGUCUAUGGGAGAUAUAUUUAUGGAUGCUAUAACGGCGGUUGGAUCGACAAUGCGUUCGACUUUCGUUGAGGCAAACCGAUGCAUAAAAAGCUGCGUCUAUCCUUGCAAACAACGUUGUAUCAAACUAUACGACGACAUUACUAGUAACUUUCAAGUGAAUGGUACAAGAAACUGGUACAAUGAUGAGCACUUAUUGCGGUUUGGGAAUGAUUGUGGUUCUUCACGAUGAUUGAAGAUUAGAACAUUUCAAAUACAUGAUGAUUUCGAAAUUCAUCUAUCUACAGAACUGCCAACGGCGAGUUAGAAACAUUAAUUGUUACGGAAAUAUGUAUUAUUCGCGCUUUUACACAAGAGUGAUAUUAAGCAUUACCACAAAUUGAAGGUCUUGUUUUAUACAAAUGACAAACUUUUGACUUCUAAAACUGCAGAAAGCUUUAAUUUACCUAUCAUAAUAAGUUAUAAUCGUAUUUAGGAUCGCCAUAAACCCGUUGUUUGGAGCAGGAGUUAAAUUCAAAAAAAGAACCAUUAAGAACGCUUAACUCCUAUGCUUUUUUAUCUCUACUAUCCAAUAAUUACAAUAUCGCUAAACAUUGAUGGCUCUGGUAACAGUUAUUUUUCCUUUAUAUUAUUAACGUGUAACUAUAAUGAAAGUUUCUUUCAUCCACCCUUCUAUUAAUAUAUCACAGGCUGUAGUUUUUUCUAAUAACCAUACCUAAACAUUGAAACGUUUGUCGUUUGCGCAUGUUACAUGGAAAGAUGUGAUGCUAUUGGAACAACAUAGCACAAUAGACAAGAAGAACCCCGCAACGAUUGGGCGGGAAUAA